CUUGACGGAAGCGUUACAUUUCGUAACGAUACGGUCACGGCAAAUAAACACCGUCUAGAUUUAUAACGCAAAGGCCAAACGAUCCGUCACCAGAGCUUAACGUCGUCUAAUCCUCACUUCUCCCUCUCUCUCCUUCUCUGGUUUGAAACCCUAACCCUAACCCUAACCCUAGUCUUAACCUUAGCUUUAAUCCCUCUGUCAUGGCAUCAUGCAAUGACGACUUCCCUCUAAUUGAAGAUGAUGGCCCCCACCACGCGCUCACGCACCACCACCAUCAUCAUCACCAGCAGCAGCAGCACCAGGUGUUUCCCAGUGCCAGCACCGAGAAAGUCUCCGGGGCCGGAGAUUCCGACGCCGACGCCGAUUCCGGAGGCGCCGCUUUCUACUCUCAGGCCCACGACGUCAACCCCUUUGCCGUUGUCGCUGCCGCCGAGGAGUCCGAUCCGGCCAAGUCCGGUGCCUCAACUCCGAAUGGUAAGCGGAAUCCUUACUACUACAAGAAAUUAAAGCCCAGCGGUGCCUCUGAGUCCGGCAGCGGGGAGUACCGGGUGGAUUACCGGAAAGACCGGGAGGAGUGGAGCGACUCAGCCAUUUCGUGUCUCCUGGAGGCCUAUACGGAGAAGUUUACGCAGCUGAAUCGGGGGAAUCUUCGGGGUAGGGAUUGGGAGGAGGUUGCAGAGAUUGUUAGUGAGAGGUGUGAUAAGCAAAAAUCAUGUAAGAGUGUGGAACAAUGCAAAAACAAGAUCGAUAACUUAAAGAAGAGGUACAAGGUAGAAUUGCAGAGGAUGAAUAGUGGGGGUUUGCCGGUGAGUCACUGGCAUUGGUUCAAGAAGAUUGAGGCCAUUGUUGGGAAUUCUCCAUCGUUUAAGACUGGUUCAGAUGAGGAUAGGUCUGGUGGAGCUUCGUCUUAUAUGCUCAGGCAAUCAAAGAGAUAUGCACCUAGCACCGUUACUUUUGCAAACAACAUGAAACCCAAAACAUUGUCAAAUCCAAAAUGGCGGAGGGUGGUGUUUAAAAUUAGUGGUGCUGCGUUAGCUGGAAACUGUCAGAACAUUGAUCCGAAGGUGGCAAUGCAGAUUGCUAGGGAGGUGACAACAGCUUGCCGCCUUGGUGUAGAGGUGGCAAUUGUUGUUGGAGGUCGUAACUUCUUUUGUGGGGACUCAUGGGUAUCUGCUACUGGUCUAGAUAGACCUACAGCAUACCAAAUUGGCAUGAUGGCAACUGUUAUGAACUCCAUAUUGCUUCAAUCAGCUUUAGAGAAGUUAGGUGUUCAGACGCGUGUGCAAAGUGCAUUUCCAACACCAGAGGUUGCAGAACCAUAUAGCAGGCAACGGGCCAUUAGGCAUCUUGAGAAAGGAAGAGUAGUCAUAUUUGGCGGCAUUGGUGCAGGCACUGGAAAUCCUCUCUUCACCACUGAUACAGCAGCAGCUCUGAGAGCUUCUGAGAUUAAUGCGGAUGCAGUCCUUAAAGGUACAAAUGUAAACGGUAUCUAUGAUUGCCAUUCUGCUAAUGACAAUGUGGUGCUGGAUCACCUCUCCUUCAGAGAGGUGGCUUCCAGAGGCAUUUCCUCCAUGGACAUGAUGGCGAUAACAUAUUGUGAAGAGAAUGGAAUUCCUGUUGUGAUCUUUAACCUGCUUGAGCCGGGGAACAUUUCAAGAGCCUUAUGUGGAGACCAAGUUGGCACCUUGAUGGAUCAAGCAGGAAGAAUUAGUUGAUGCAUAUAGAUAUGGCCUCUGGUGGAUCGAUGCAUGCUUUCAUACGCAUAUUCUCCUCCCUUUUUUCUAUGUAUAUUCCUCUUUCUAGGUAGUUGUGGUCUUUAACCCCUUCUACCUGAGAUGCUGCAACUGUUACAUGGAGUCAGAAGUUGGAACUUUGAUUGA